GUAGCCAAAAACGAGUAUCACGCAAAAGGAUGGAUGAUGGAAGAAACAAAGAGAAGGGAAAUAUCAGGAGGUGGGAGUACCGGAGCCAAACGCGGGUGUGUGUGUGUGUGAGGGAGAGAGAGAUGCAGUUCCAUUCAGAAACUCCAAACUAAACAUCCCUGGCGACAACCUUAGGAAUCUCGAUCGCUGAAAAAACCUAUGCAGCCCCGAACACACUCUCUGCAUUCCAACUUGUUUAAGUCAUGCCUUUCGAUUCACCCUUCUCUCAAUAAAUUUUUAAUCAGAUUCUUGGCCACCGCCACACUCAUAAUAAAGUUUUGUUUUUCCAAAUAAAGAUCUCUACACGGUCUCAACUCAAGAUUAAUUAAAUAAAAUUUGGAUAUGGAUCUAGGUUCUCAAUUCCUAAAGCUAGUUCAAGGAUGAGGGAUUUUAGUGGAUGAUAUCAUGUUAGAUUCUUAGAAUGGAAUGGCGACUCCUGUUGAGCCUCCAAAUGGGAUCAGAACUGAAGGGAAGCAUUAUUAUUCCAUGUGGCAAACCCUGUUUGAGAUUGACUCAAAAUACGUUCCCAUCAAGCCGAUUGGUCGCGGAGCAUAUGGAAUUGUGUGCUCUUCUGUGAAUAGAGAGAUAAAUGAGAAGGUUGCCAUCAAGAAGAUACAGAAUGCCUUUGAAAACCGGGUUGAUGCCCUGAGGACUUUGCGCGAACUCAAGCUUCUUCGCCACCUUCACCAUGAGAAUGUGAUUGCUUUGAAGGACAUCAUGAUGCCUGUUCACAGGAAUAGUUUCAAGGAUGUCUAUCUGGUUUAUGAACUCAUGGACACGGAUUUGCAUCAGAUUAUUAAGUCUUCUCAAGCUUUGUCUAAUGAUCACUGCCAGUAUUUCCUCUUUCAGUUGCUCCGGGGCUUGAAAUAUCUUCACUCCGCUAACAUUCUUCAUCGUGACUUGAAACCUGGGAAUCUUCUAAUCAAUGCAAAUUGUGACCUAAAAAUAUGUGAUUUCGGGCUAGCUCGUACUAAUUGCAGCAAGAACCAGUUCAUGACCGAGUAUGUUGUCACUCGGUGGUAUAGGGCACCAGAGCUCCUACUCUGCUGUGACAACUAUGGGACAUCUAUUGAUGUUUGGUCAGUUGGAUGUAUCUUUGCAGAGCUUCUUGGCCGAAAACCGAUUUUCCCUGGUUCAGAGUGUCUCAACCAGCUGAAGUUGAUUAUCAAUAUCCUUGGUAGUCAAAGGGAGGAGGAUAUUGAAUUCAUUGAUAACCCAAAGGCAAAGAAGUAUAUCAAAUCACUUCCUUAUUCUCCUGGAACCCCCCUUUCGCAACUUUAUCCUAAUGCGCAUCCAUUGGCAAUUGAUCUUCUGGCAAAGAUGCUUGUUUUCGAUCCAACAAAGAGGAUCAGUGUCACUCAAGCACUUCAACACCCUUACAUGGCCCCUCUGUAUGAUCCUAACUGUGACCCUCCAGCCGUCAUUCCAAUUGAUCUUGACAUUGAUGAGGAUCUAGGGGAAGAGAUGAUAAGGGACAUGAUGUGGAAAGAAAUGCUUCAUUACCAUCCUGAAUCUGCUAUGGAGAGUGCAGGGUUGUGCUAAUGAUAUUUACUUCCUUUCAUAGUUAUGUUCCCUUUUGUUGGUGCCAGGAUAGUUCUAAUAUCAUAACUUGCUUCAAAUAAUUAGGAGGGCUUUGUCAUCAGUGAGCUCCUUAUAUGUUCUGUUUUCUAUUUAUUGAAAGCAGAGAGAAACAGCAAAAAGAUGACCAUCUUAAAAAAAAAUGUGUUAUUGCUGAUGAUGCAUUGUAGUCUUUAAACGCCAUGUUGAGAGAUUGAUUUUGUACUGAACUUUGUAUUGUAGUUGCCUUGUUUUGUUGUACAUAAUUAUGUUUCUGUGUCUUUCAUAAACCAUUUUGUAAAUUAAGUCUAAUGUUUAUCAAUAAUGUGUUAUUGUUUGAACUUUGAA